AUGCACUUGGGCUACCUGGCAAUACUCACCACACUCACGCUGCUGCAAGGUCGCAGCACUGAGAGCCGCCUGCCGCGGUGGGUGGUGCCGCUGCAGUACCGCCUGGACAUCGUGACGCGAAUCAACCAACCGUACCAGCCCUUCGGCGGCACGGCCACCAUUGAGCUGCGAUCGGAGCGGGCCACCAAGAGCUUGGUGCUCAACUCGCGUGGCCUGGAGAUCGGCAAGCGGAGGGUCGUGACCUUGGUGGCCAAGGGCGGAAAAGGUGUAACGAUCACCAAAAUACUGCUAGAUAACAAAUCUAGCCGGGUGACCGUUUACCUGAAGAACGCUCUCACAAUCAACACCACCUACCAACUGAAGGUGGACUUUACCAGUGUUCUGAGGCGGGACAACACCGGCUUCUACAGCAGCUCCUACGUGGACCACAACACCACCCUCGCCCAGUGGAUGGCGGCCACCCAGUUCGAGCCCAAUCACGCCCGCGAGGCCUUUCCCUGCUUCGACGAUCCCAUUUUCAGGACCCCGUUCAAGAUCAACCUGGCCCAUCCGCAUCAGUACCGCGCUCUAUCCAACAUGCCCGUUAGACGAACCAUCCGCCACGCCAGUCUGAAGGACUACGUGUGGACGCAGUUCCUGGAGAGCCAGCCGAUGCAGACGUACCUGGUGGCCUUCGCGAUCAGCAAGUUCGAGCGUCCAGGAUUCACGUCCAAUGCGCGGCCUGGCUGUCCCAUCAGCACAUGGGCCCGCCCGGAUGCACUGUCGCAGACGGAGUUCGCCAACACGGUGGUGGCGCCGCUGCUCUCCUUCUACGAGCGGCUCUUCAACAGCACCUUCCGGCAGAAGAAGAUCGACCAGAUGGCCCUCCCUGACUUUGCGUUCGGGGCCAAGGAGAACUGCGGCCUGCCGACCUUCUCGGAGGAGUCCAUCCUGUACGACAGCCAGCGCAGCUCGAUGGCCGACCAGCAGGGCGUGGCACGGGCGGUGGCGGUGACGGUGGUGCACCAGUGGUUCGGCAACCUCGUGUCCGUGGAAUGGUGGCACGAGAUCUGGCUGAAGAACGCCUUCGCGCUGUUCCUCUCCCGCUUCGGUGUGGAGGAUCUGCGUCCGGAAUGGGCCUACCAGGAGCGGCACGCCCUGAAGCUCUACCUGAAGGUGCUGGAAUUCGAUGCGCACCAGAACACGGAACUGGUGACGACGGUGGUGCCGGAUGAGGCCCACAUCUGGGCGGCCUACAGCGAGAUGAAGGUGCAGAAGGCCACCGUGCUGUUGGACAUGCUGCGCCGCGUCAUGGGCGACGAGGCGUGGCAGAUGGCGUUGCGCCGCUUCCUGGUGAUCUACGCCAACCGCAGUGCCACCACCUCGGACUUCUGGGACGUCCUGCAGCUGCAAGUGGACCGCAAUGGCCGCCUGGGCAAGGGUCUGAACAUCACGCGCCUGAUGGAGUCCUGGCUGCAGCAGCCGGGCUAUCCCCUGCUCACCGUCACCCGGAACUACGAUGACCAGUCGGCGGUGGUGCGCCAGCAGCGGUUCUUCAUCAAUCCGCAGGCGGGACAGCGGGCCACCAAGGCUACCUGCUGGUGGGUCCCGCUCAGCUACGGCUGUCCCCAGUGCCCCCAAUCGAAUGCCACCACCUCCAUCCCCUGGCUCACCUGCACCAUCUCCCAGAGGAGCAGCCAGGCCACGCCCGUCCGCCUGGAGAAGCUGAUGGCCGGGCCGAGCGACUGGCUGCUGCUCAAUGUUCAGCACUCGGCUCCACUGCGGGUCAACUACGACCUGCACAACUGGCAGCUGCUCAACGAGACGCUUUCAGAUCCGGUCAAGUUUCGCCUCAUCCAUCGCGUGAACCGGGCCCAGUUGGUGGAUGACCUCUUCAGCCUCGCCUGGAGCGGCGUCAUGGAGUACCCCAUGGCCCUGGGCAUCCUCGGCUACCUGAGGCACGAGGACGAGUACGUGGUGUGGGCCGCGACGAAGGACAACUUCGAGCGGAUCAACAACGUGGCCAAGAAGAGCCACAGCUACCGCAUUUACAAGACCUUUAUGCGCAUCCUGCUGGAGCGGCAAUUCGAGAAGGUGAUCUCCUCGAAAUCCCUUGGCAACAUGACCCAUCGGCCGAUGAUCCUGCGGCUGGCCUGCCAGUACGAGCUGCCCGCCUGCCUGAAUUUGGCCCGCCAGGAAUUCGCGAAGGGGACGCCGGCGAAGGCCGGUUGGAUGACCAUUCGGGAGCGGGAGAUGGUCUUCUGCACGGCGGUCAAGUUCGGCACCGAGUCGGACCGGGACACCGUGGAGGCGAUGUACCAGCGCUCGAACUUCGCCGCCGAGCAGGAGUCGCUCCUGACCGCCCUGGCCUGUUCGCGGAACACCUUCGCCCUGGAACGAGUCCUCAAAUGGACCUUCGAGAGUGUGGGCGUGCGCAAGCACAACGCCAGGCGAACCUUCAAGGCGGUGGUUUCCAACACGGUGGGCUACCGGCUGGCCAAGAAAUACGUGUCCGCCAAUAUGCAGCUCAUACGCAACUACUGCAGCAACUCCACCAACAAGGUGGUCGAUCUCAUGAGGCCGCUGGUCGAGUGCCUGUCCACGUCGAGGGAACUGAACUUCUUCAGCAAGUUCUUCAAGACCAUCCUGCGGGAUAUGGACGGCAUGGAGCGGCUGAUCAAGAUCCUGAUAGAACGCGGCAGCGACAACAUCCACUGGGAGCGCACCAAGUUCCGUCCGAUGAUGAUGGCCAUCCGGGACAUAAUCCUCUGGCGGAGUCCGAGAAACUCACCGGCCAAAGUGCAAAGUGAUGUAAAUCAAAACAAUUUCCUGCACUAACUUGUUCACAAAUAAAUUUAAUCUAAU